UGAAAUGGUUAUAAAACUAUUGUUAAAAACGUUAGAUAAAGCUAAUCCAACAACCUUCUAUUUUAUAAUUUCCCGUGUCCUGUUUUAUUAUUAAUUUCAUUUGCUUUAGUUAGGAAUCAGUCAGUUUAAUUUGACUUAUUCUUAACAUGUAACAAAGUAUCAGUUCCGCAAAUCACUAAUCCAUAUUUUAUCGAACUUCAAGUUGAGUUCAGUUCAGAAUCUUUUGGUGUGGAUUGUUAGUGCUUUGUAGAGCUGGUCUGCACGCUUAUUAAUCUCAUUGCAGGUACUAAGCUAACACCGGAAGCUAGCGAAGCACUGUCCACUAACAAACGAUCAUUGCAUGACUAUUCCCGAAACAGCAACGUUGAUAGGAUCAUUCAGAAAUAUGAUGAUGAUAAAAAACAUCCCAAAUGUAAAGUUAGUCUGAAUGAUAGGCUAGGUAAUGAAGCUAGGGCUAAUGUAGAUGCAGUCAAUGAUCACAAGGAAAAUGAUGUUUUUAAAUCUAAUGUGGCUUUAAAUUUAGAUAAUGAGGAAGUCAACCAAGUCACUAAAGAUCCUAUGGAUCUUGACAAAAAGAGUAAUCAAGACGAUCUAAGCAGUAGGUCCAGCCUGUAUUCCAUCCCAUCAAUAGAAUGGGACGGAAGAUUCAGGUCCGAUUACACCCUUCGAACCCAAUCCUUGCCCAGGAAAAGGGUAAAGUCCACGACCAAUUUGUUUAGAACUAGAUCCCACAGCGGAUUCCUAAAUUCUUACAUCAGAGACCCGGAACCGCAUCAUUUCCACAUUCCUAAAUGUAGAUCUUGCGGGUCCAGCACUAACUCCUUCGUCUGGGAGGUUAACAAAGAAAGGAGAAGCCAGAAACCACAUUCCGUGUAUUUCUCAGUGGAUAACAUACACCAAGAAUGUCAAAAAGAAGAAUUGCCUGACAUUGUUAAGGUCAAAGAGACGAUAGUGCCCGUUUUCAAAGUAGCUGAAAUUCAGGAUGAAUUUGUUGAAAGCCAAGAAUUCAAUGAAGAUAACUAUCUGGCUGAUUUGAAUAGUUUUUCUUCAGGAAAUCAGACGGUUAUUGAAUCCGCUGAUCAAAACGAUGUCACAAUGACUGAAUCCAAUGUUGUUGAAGACAAUGUUCAAGUACAAGGAAACGACGGCAUUGCUUCUAAAGCUGAGAUUGUCCAAGUAGAUUCGGAAAAUACACACGAUAAUCCGGAUACUAAUGAAGGCGAAUACCACAGCUUUUCAGAUGAAAUGGACUUUGAAGACGUCUACGAGAGUCCAGUCAAAGAUCUAGUUGAGAAGGACAUAAGGGAUUAUUCAGUGCCUAUUAAUUUCUAUUGUGAAGAUUACACAAAAAAAGAAAGUCCGAAAAAGUCGCCAAAGAAGAUUAUAGCGGCGAUCAAAGAUAAUUUGAUUCUAGAACCAAUACUUGAAGAAUCAAAAAGCUCUUAUGACGAAUCUGGUAGUUCCAAUAAUGAUACUACUAAUGUGAGAAAAUAUUCGGAUACCGAGGAUGUGUCUACCGAAGCAAGUAACGAAAUUAGCGGCUCUACUGUGCCUACAUUUGAUGACCACGACGUUAGAAAUAACCAAUUCAAAGAAGUUGUAAAGAGAAAUAUCGAACCCUCUAGUGAAGAGAUUAACAAACCCAGUAAAAAUGACAAUAUUGUUGAUGUUGAAAUUCCUUGCGCAGGUAUGCAGCUAAAAUGCGAAAUUACAAACCAAGAAAAAGACUUGUUUGCCCAAGAUGUGGCACAUACACCAAACGAAAAAUUUGCGAUGCCUAAUACAACAGACGACAAUGUAUUCAAAAUUCCCAAUGUCAUUCCAUCACGAACCAUAAAAAAUGAAAUUGUUGACGACGUAAAACUCCGAAAGUCUGAUGACUACAGUAUUGCGUCCAGUACCGAACUAGCGAGCUUCAAUUCUACCGCAGAAUUCGAGAAAUAUGAAGUUAUAGCUGAUAUUUUAGGCAAGAUCAUAAAUCGUAUCGAUGUACAAACAGAAAAUGACUAUUUGGUCAACAUUCCUGUUUUUAUGAAAGAAAGUGACGAUCUUCAUUUUGACUACAAAAAUCCGACUGAAGAAAGUAAGUUGGAUGUGUCCGAUCAAUCAGACAAUGCAGAAAUCUUUUCUAUAACCAAAAUAAUUCAGGAAAUCGAAGGUACUGCCACUUUUAAUGAAUCCGUGUCAACUGAAAUCAGUGAAGUGGAUAGUCAGCCCCACAAAAUAGCCGAAGCCAUUGUUUACUUCAUAUUUGAAAGUGCAUGCACCGUUUGGGAAAAUAAAGAAAAGAGUAAAGCGAGGAUUGUUAAACGAGUUAUAACUGUUGUGGACCCCGAAGAUAUACUGUUUACUGCCGCAAGUCUGUGGCCUGAAACAAUUGAUUCAAAUGAAAAAUUAAAGGAAAUCGAUAACAAACCAGAAUCCAUAAAAGAGCCUACAGAAGAGAUCCCUCACCAUAGUCCCGACAGCAGGAAAACGCGUACGCUUAAUAACGCAGAUGAUGGUUUUAACAAGUUAAAUUUAGGGCCAGAAAUAAUUAAUGAGUUAAUAGACAAAAUAGUAUUUGAGCCUGACCUUCAUGAUUUAAAUAAUGACAUAUCAGACACAAAAUCUCUUUCAUAUACCGUUCCAAAUUUAAAAGAAUGUAAUGAAGAGCCAACACAAAUGUUAAGCCUAGGAGAAGAUGCCGUAGAUAAUCUUCGGUAUUUAAGCGACGAAACACUUUUGAAAUCGAAUGAAAACUUGAGAAAUGUAGCCGAAAAUAAUGAUACAAAUGUGCAAGAAUUAAUAGGGGCUGAUUCAGGAAUUUUACCUGUUAACAGUAGCAUCCAACCACAAGAAGGAAGCGACAAUGACUAUGAAGGGUCCGUCUACGACAAUAUUAAUAAUAAUGUGCAGUUUAUCGAUAAUGAACAAGAAAGUAUACCCCUCGAUUACCGACCUGAGAAUAUCAAAUAUUCCAAUAUUAUUGAUAAUAUUGAAGAUGCCGAACAAACCGGAGAAUUGCAAACUGAUUGUGACAUUACACUAGCAUCUGUAACAUCAUCAAGGUUCGAUACUUUCAAUGACAAUAUUGAAAUUGAUACUAGAAUACUCGAUGAAAUCGAAGAUGAUGAUGUUGAUGCAGAACUUUUGAAUCAGUUGUGUAAUAACGAUAAUUGUGAAUCUAUUGUCUCAGAAAUUGUAUAUACAGUGCCGUCUGAUCAUAAAAUACCAAUUGAUGCUGAAUCAGGUGAAUACGAAUCUGAAGAUGUUGUUAUAAGUCAAAAAGAUGAAAUAAUGUAUGCUAUUAGUUCUCAUGACGCACCCAAAGCCGAAGAAAGCGCAGAAGCUUUUAAUGAAACUUUCGUAAUAAUUCCUGACGAAUGUUGCAGUUCUGCGCUCGGAAACGAUAUGAACACAGCGUUUGUACAAGACGAUUAUUUCAACAGUAUAUCCUCUUCACCGAACACACAGAAAACUAAUUUCGAAUCCUGUACAGAAUCACCAAUAGUGAACACCAGUAAUAGUACACUUUACGAAAAAGAUGAUUCCAUUCUUGGUUCGCCUUUUGUCAAAAGAGCAUCCGUCAUCUCUAUGUCACAGACAGAACAUAGAGGAGGCGUCAAAUACUGGCUAUCUUUCGAUGAGAGCUUAACAGAAAUAGACAGACACAAAGACUCCUACAGACCCGUCAAAAAGUUUAAUGAAAACAAGAUACCAAGCUUUUUCAAAGUCGAUUUCGAUAGCGACCUUCACGACAGCUACGAAAGCAGUUUUAAAAGAUCCAGUGUACUUUUAGACGAUUAUAAUAGUGGUGAAAGCAAUGCGAUGGAAGAAAGCUUCAUAUCGGCGAAACCUAACUCGAACUACGACACUUGCGAUUCUGAUCUAUUGGAAAAUAUGCCUGAAAAAAUGCUUCUUUACAAUUCUAGAUCUGAAUUUAAUAAAACCAAUAAGCGUCUUUAUUCCACAUGGCCUCCGUUCGAAGAUACGUUGUUUUAUAGGAUUAUUUCUAAGUUUAGGAUGUCGGAAAGUUUUGAUCCAAGCGACUUGGAUAAUGUGGAGAAAAUUAAUAUCACUCACUAGUUGUUAGUGAUAUUAUAAUACUUGUUGCAUAUAUAACAAACGGAAACGCAUCUUACAAAUUUUGAUUUACUUACAUUUCGAUCCGAAUUUAAAAUGUCGAUAAAUGACAUGCAAGCUGACGUUGCGUGUAUUGUUGUCAUUGUUAAAGGUUAACUUAUAGGGUGUAGUCAAAGAGAAUUUGAAAUAGAGAGUUACUGUCAUGGUAAAUUUAUGUAGCUACAGUACACUUACUGCCAUCUUUCGACAGACGAUUAAGGUUAUGACGCCAUCGCUCGAAA